UGUGGAGAAGCUUCGGGAGGUCUGAGGAAUAUUCCGCGGCUAACGAUAGCAACGUACACAAAUACGGGAAUAAUCCACCUCGGGUCUCCGCCGACACUCCGGGGCUCCACCGAAAGCUGCAGGAGGACAUAAUUCCCGCCGAACCCUCCGCUUCCCGCCACAUCCCCACCGAGGCGGCCACCGACACACUCCCGCUAAUCCCGUGAAGGAGGGACGCGGCCUGCUUUUGUAGCCGGCUUCCCGGUGCAGCUCAGGCGGCUAGCCCUGUCACCAGAGCCCGGUGCUUCCGCUGGCUUAAUUUUCCCCACACCGCCAGAACCGCGGGAGCUUCGAGAUAAUUGUUAUUUUAAUACCCGCGGCUCCUCUGUGACACAUCUCCCCCCUCACCGAGGCGCUGCUGUCGGCGCUGCCCGCCGUAGAGGAGCCUCCGGAGCCGGGGCGGCCUGUUUUGUUUUCGAGCCGCCAUGAAUCUCUGCGAACAAUAACACAACCAUAACGAGCCUGCUGGGGCUGCACUGCUGCCCGGACAGGAGCCCCGGUGCGGGGUAAUUAAUGCAUCGUGUGAGGCCAGCUCGGGACCGACGUGAAGAACCGGGGACGAGCAUGCAUGCGGACUAUGGAUUUAUUUCGGGAAAACCGAUGCAAACCGGAGCACUUUGUCACGAAAGCCCCCGUUUGAAUUUCAGAGCUGCCGCUAGUUAGCCAGCUGUGAGUAACGUUUAAAAAAAGAAAAAAAAAGAAAAAGGGAGGAAGGAAAAAAAAAGGCCACCGGCGGAGGAGAGAGCGCCACACGAUGCUUUGUCUCAUCCUAACCCCCGCAUGGUGCGAGCCGAGCCGGAUGGACGCCGCACGCUGCUGCGCUCGGUGCCUGUGAAUGCUGGUGCAGCCUCGGAUCAAAGCAGCGCCUUCAGCCGGGGACCGCGCACGGAGGAUGGGUCGGAUGUGACCGGGGGAUGAGUAACCGGGAUCGCUCCGUGCGCAGGCUGCCGCUGUGACGUGGGAUUCACCGAUCUGAAGCGUCCAUCUAUGCCCCCUUCAAAGCCGCCAGACGACUCCCGGGAUAGAAACUCAACCACACACGGCGCGGGAGUUGCGGGCUUUGCGUUUACGCGUGACUUUGGUGUUAUUCGUACAUAUUGAACGGACCGGAACCGGACUGGAUCCACCGGGCCCAGGCAGCUGAGAUGAACCCGGUGAAUGCGACCUCUCUCUACGUGUCCGCGAGUCGUUCGGUGCUGCAGUGCGACCCCCGAGACCCCCGGGCCCUUGCGGAGCUCUGCAAGCUGCUGCCGUUCUUCCGCCAGUCCCUGUCCUGCCUGGUCUGCGGUAACCUGCUGCAGGACCCCAUCGCUCCCACCAACUCAUCAUGUCAGCAUUACGUCUGUCGAGGCUGUAAGGGUCAGAGGAUGCAGCUGAAGCCCUCCUGCAGUUGGUGUAAGGACUAUUCCUGCUUCGAGGAAAACCGGCAGCUCUCGUUGCUCGUCCACUGUUACAGGAAGCUCUGCCUCUACAUCACCCAGUCGCCGCUCGCCCCGCACAUAGCCAGCGCCGCCAGCGACUCGCCGGACCUCCAGGCUAUCCUCAACGAGGGCCUCACGUUGGCCGAGAGCGAGCCGGAGACGGAGGAUGUUUCGGAUUCGUUGUCGGCGUCCACCUCGGAGGUGGUGCAGCCCGAUGAGGCUCCGCCCACGAAGGAGCUCAAGGGCGAGGAGCCGAGUCCGAUGAGCAUCAACGGGCUGCACGACUGUAACGGCCUGGUCGGCUCGGACGCGCUGCAGCCCAUCACCAUAGAAACGGGUGGCGGCGUCGCCAAGCAGGAGAGCUUCUCGGAGGAGAUCCCGGUGUGCGUGAGCGUCACGGGCACCGGGGAGGCGGGGCUUUGUGACAUCAGCACUUUCGGAGAGGACCUGAAACACGGCGGGGGGCCUCUACUGCUGAGCGUGGAGGAGGUGCUCAGGACUCUGGAGACGGACGCGGACCCUGACCCGCCUCCUGAGCCCACCCCCCACACAGACUGCCACCCCUCCGUACCUCAGUCCAGCCUCAACGGGCCCCACUGCCCCUCUGGCCCCGACUCCUCCCGCCUCAUCCCCUCCCUCCCCCCAGAGAACAGCCCCCGCCCCCUCCAGCCUCACCCGCAGCCCUCGAUGCAGCCUCCCCCUCAGCCCUCCAUAGUCGUCCCCCGUGUUCCCCUUCGGUGCCACCGCAAGCGCUCCCGCUCAGAAAGCGACAGCGAGAAGGUGCAGCCCCUCCCCAUUUCCAGCCUCCUACGAGGGCCCCCCAUCGGUGCCAACAGCUCCCCCCACCACCCCAACCCCGGUGCCACCACCAAACAGGAGCCCAAGUUCCCUGUGGCCACACCUCACCCCCACCUGGCCCCGGUGCCCAACGGCGGCCCCCCCAAAGUGGGGAAGACUGUACUUGUCUCCAACAAGGCACUUAAAAAGACUGUGGAGCACCACGGGGCCACCAAGAAGGCCUACACCAAGGCCAGGCAAGGGGCCCCCAAACCCCGGGCUCAACCCCGCGACCGAGUCCCCCCACACCCCCAUGCUCACCCCCUGACUCACCCCCCCAGCCCCUCGAAGCCACUGUACAAGAAGCCUGUGGAGAAGAAGGGCUGCAAGUGUGGCCGAGCCACACAGAACCCCUCGGUGUUGACCUGUAGGGGGCAGCGCUGCCCCUGUUACUCCAACCGCAAGGCUUGUCUGGACUGUAUCUGCCGCGGCUGCCAGAACUCCUACAUGGCCAACGGAGAGAAGAAGCUGGAGGCCUUCGCCGUGCCAGAGAAGGCCCUGGAACAGACCCGACUCACGCUGGGCAUCAACCUCACCAGUAUCACCGCGGCGGCGCUCCGUAGCCCGGCAACCAGCUCCCCCGGCAACGCCCUCCUCAACGUCACCACGGCUACGGGGGCGCCCGUCACCGCCACCUUCCUGUCGGGGGCGGGCCACGACAACCGGGGCUUCGACGACUCGCUGGAGAUGCGGUUCGACUGCUGA